AUGGACAUUCACGCUGUGAAUGAAACCCUACCACAAGAGACUUUCGUGGAGAUUUUAAGCAAGGAACAAACGCAGGAGAUUCUUCAGAUCCUCAUGCUGGGGAUCACCCCUGCCAUCUCGCUGUUGGGAAUUGUGGGCAACACCUUCAGCAUCCUCGUCCUGGCCAGGCAGGGCCUGCACAAGUGCUCCAACAUCCUCCUCAUCUCCCUCGCCGUCAGCGACAUCACUUUCCUCAUCGGCUUCAACAGCGUGCCCAAACUUAUAUACGAGAUCGUGUCAGAUGUUGAAGGUUUCCCGUACGUCCGCUCCGUGUCGUACUUCCUGUAUGUGCUGUACCAAAUCUUCCACAUCAUGGACUACGGGUCGGGCGGGGUUUCUCUCACCCUGCCCAUGCUCAUCACAGUAGAAAGACUGGUCGCUGUCUUUCUGCCUCUCCACUUCAAGCAGAUCGUAACCCCAUCACGAACAUGGACAGCCGUGUGUUGUUUCACCGUGUUCUGGUAUAUCUUCUUCAUACACAUGUCUUUUUUCUUGACAUUUGAAUACGAAACCAAAACGGAAUAUAACAUCUCUUUUGGUCUAAUCAAACGAUCCGCGUAUCAUUACGCUCACCUCGACAUGGUAGCGAUGCUGGAAGAAUCCAUGUCCUACGUUUACAUGAGAAUCCCUCCUGUCUUUACACUCGUCGGCUGUUUGGUCAUCGGUGUAAGGAUGAAGGUGGUCUCCGUCAAACGACAAGCGAUGAUGUCCAAAAACUCUAAAGAAGCUUCAAACAACCGGACAACCAAGAUGUUGCUUGCCGUCUGCUCCGUGUACACCGUGGCAUGCGGAAUCUUAUCUCUCCCCACCUACAUCCCCCAGUACCUGUACUACACCAUGACGAGUGACGCCCCCUCUAACCUGGGGAGGAUCAUGUACCAGGUCAUCAACAUUGCCCUGUGUAUCAACAGCUCCUGUAACUUUGUCAUUUAUGUCGUCAUGAACAAAACGUUCAGGGACACUUACAAAUCUAUUUUUAUGAACAAAACAUUCAGGGGCACAUACAAAUCUAUUUUUAUCUUUCAGGUCUUUUCUAAGACUAAAAUAAAAUAA